UCCACAGAGAGCGUUUGAGAUCGUCAACAAAAUAAUUUGGACAAACUAAAGGUUUUUCAGUGGUGGACAUAAAGACAAUGCCUUCUGGGAAAAGUUGUUUCUAGUGAAGAGAAAUGUAAAGGAAACAGCUAAAUAUAGGGACAGGAGCUGGUGUACAAAUCUGAUCGCCUUAUCAGAGUUUCCACAGGGGCAUGAGUAAACCCACCUCCACAGCAUCACCUCCCCUCAUGGAAUUUAGACAGGAAGCUGACCAUCUGAGAGGAUAUAUACAAGCUGCAUUGCAAAGAAGAUUUAGAAUUUUCAAACUAGCCAGCGAGUAAGGAAACCUAUUUCAAGAAAAUGAAGCAAACUUUUGUGGUGCUGAUUUGUGUCAGUAUCGUUGCCUCGGUUAUAUUAGCAGUUCCUACUGCAAGACGAAAGAGCUGCUGCCGGAGUCACUCAAAAUCAAUCCCUGUCCUGAAGAAUAUUAAGGAAUAUCGCAUUCAGGAAAACGAUGGUCGCUGCAGAAUUAAAGCUGUGGUAUUCACAGUAAAAAAAAGGCAGAUCUGUUCAAAUCCAGAUGAUAACAGAGUGAAGCAACUUCUGGAAAAGCUUUCCCAAACAGAACAGAAGAGAUGAAGAUGUUGAUUGCCCUUUUGAAUGACGAGGAUAUCAGAAUGUUUAACACAGGAAGAAAAUUUUCAAAAAGUGUCUUUUAAUUUCAUCUUUCAACAUUUUACAUAAGUUUUCUUGUCAUCAGAAAGUUCUUGAAAGAAACUUUAAACACAGCAGUUAAAUUUAUUGAACCAACAUCAGUCUGAUACGAUGCCACUUUAUCACUGAUUUACUUCAUAAUUAUUAUUAAUGCUACAGAAACGGAAUGGAUGGGGUGUGCCAGUCUCUAAGGACAAUGGACAAUUUGUAGUUUCUUAUUGCUUGAGUGUUGAAUUUCCCCCAUUUCUAGAUCUAAUAUUCUCAUCAGGUUGUCUGAAAUCAGUAACCACUGUUGGUACAUCAGUGUCUGCAAUAGCAGAACAUGGCUAACCCAGUAAGGAAACUAAACAGUCUGUGUGGGUACACUCAAUAGGUGUAGUCAUUCAAGCACCUGGAAAGGCAGCCAAGCGAUCAAAUUCUGCUUUUGUUAAAAAAAAACUUCCACCUUUCUGAAGCAGGGCAAUUCUUAUGUCAAUAAAGAAAAUAAAAUUUUGAAAGUGAAAUUAAAA